AGUUAACUAAGCUCAUCCUCGCUUAUGUCGCCUUAGCAACUGUGCACCAUACCUCUACUAUCUGCACACACACACACACAUAGCCUAUACAUCAAUUGUAAAUUCAUAAAAAUGUGUCGUGUGUUUUGAUCAGUGCAGGUUGUUAGCAGUGGAGAAGUGGCAGGGGGCUCGCCAAGAUGGUCAGGGCUGGUGGUAUCUUGAAGUUAGCUGCACUCAUCUUUGCCUUCCUCCUAGCUGUCUUUUUGGCAUUCCAGCUGCUUGAGAUUAACAUGGAUUUUAAACUGAGCAAUGUGAUUGCUAAAUCAGUGCCAGAGAAUGAAGACUCAGCGAAGCCAGUCAGGCACAAAUGUGGCCUUUCCAAGGCAUGUCCUGUUGGACACUUUUCCUUCAAGAUGACGAGUGGAGCAGCCAGUGUGGUGGGACCCAGAAUCUGCUUGGAGGACAAAUUACUAAUGAGCGGUGUGAAGAACAAUGUUGGGAGAGGAAUCAACAUCGCCCUGGUUAAUGGAAGAACAGGGGAACUUAACAGGACACAAUUCUAUGAUAUGUGGGCAGGAGAGGUGGCUCCUUUAAUUAAAUUCCUGAAUGAAAUUGAAGAGGGGACAGUUGUGAUGAUGGCCUCAUUUGAUGAUCCCUCGACAAAACUCAAUGAUGAAGCCAGGAAGCUAAUUGCUGAUUUGGGUAGCACAGCUAUCAGUAAUCUGGGUUUCCGGGAUAACUGGAUCUUUGUAGGUGGGAAAGGCAUCAAGACCAAGAGUCCGUUUGAGCAGCAUAUAAAGAACAGUGCAGACACCAACAAAUUUGAAGGAUGGCCCGAGGUGCUAGAGAUGGAAGGCUGCGUUCCUCAGAGACAGGACUGAUCGGAGCUGUUGCUGUAAUGGUCAAACUCCCCCCCGCCCCAUCACUUCUCGUCUCGUCCGUCCACCUCGUCCUCCUGACAUUCCUGUCCUCAUGAGACUUACUGUUACUGUUACUGUUGCACUUGUUUGGGCUGAGAAAGUUCUUUGUCCAGUUCUCAUCUCCAAGCCUUUUAUUCAAAUAUGCCCACCAGCAUAACAUUGUCACCGCCAUAUAUUUAGUCUGCCCUGAGCAGUAAAGUGAAGUUUGGACAUUGCACUCCUCCUCCUUUUUGGAUACCAUUACAUAGUAAUAUGAUAUGGGUGAUGUAGAUGGACAUGCAUGUCAUAGCCAAGACUUUUGGUGCUGUACCAAAUCUGCAUUGCCUCCUGUACCCUGCCUUAAUCCCGUUGUCCUUUUCCCACUUUUUUUUAAUUUUUUUAAAUCAACAUGACCUUGUGUUUCUGUUUGUUCCAUUCAGAGUUAUAUUUACUUUGAGAAGAUUAUUAUUAACAGGGUCUGAAUAUAUUUCUUUGCAUUAUUCUUUAACCAAAUGAACCAAAUUCACUGUGAAACGUGUAAAUACUUGUUUAGGUGAGGGUCUAGAUUUAAAAGAUCCUAAUUUAAUGAAUGAUAAUAUAAUUUCUUAAAAUAAAUUGUGUUGUUAGAAAUGUGUGUAUGUGUGUGUGUGUGUGUGUCUGGAUUAAAAGACUUGUUACAUGUAGCAGUGGAAAGCACUUAUUUCUGUCAAUAAGUAUCACCAGUGAAUAAACUUAACAUCAUUGUGUUCACUCAGCAUUCAGCAUCAGUAUCAACCUUGAUGUUAAUCAUUUCUAUGUUAACCUUGCCACCUAGCAACUGCUUUAAAACAAAGAAUAGGUUAUUUGUUCCCUCACUUCAGACU